AUGGGUCGUCAAGCAGAAGGCUCUCUGAGGAGGCGGGAGAAGAGUGCUGCAGCAGCUCCCAGUCCAGUGCUAGGAAACAUUCCCCCAGGAGAUGCCAUGCCAGUAGGUCCUGUACCACCGGGUUUUUUUCAGCCUUUCAUGUCCCCUCGGUACCCUGGAGGUCCAAGACCACCUUUAAGAAUACCCAAUCAGGCACUUGGAGGUGUCCCAGGAAGUCAGCCAUUAUUGCCGAGCGGGAUGGACCCAACACGGCAGCAAGGGCAUCCAAACAUGGGUGGGCCAAUGCAGAGAAUGACCCCUCCAAGAGGAAUGGUUCCAUUAGGACCACAGAACUAUGGAGGUGCAAUGAGACCCCCACUGAAUGCUUUAGGUGGCCCGGGAAUGCCUGGAAUGAACAUGGGUCCUGGGGGUGGUAGACCUUGGCCAAACCCAACCAAUGCCAAUUCUAUACCUUAUUCUUCAGCAUCUCCUGGGAACUAUGUAGGUCCUCCAGGAGGUGGGGGGGCACCAGGAACACCCAUCAUGCCUAGUCCUGCAGAUUCAACCAACUCUGGAGACAACAUGUACACUUUAAUGAAUGCAGUACCACCUGGACCCAACAGACCUAAUUUUCCAAUGGGGCCAGGGUCAGAUGGACCUAUGAGUGGACUGGGUGGAAUGGAUUCACAUCAUAUGAAUGGAUCAUUAGGCUCAGGAGACAUGGACAGUAUUUCCAAAAACUCUCCCAGUAAUAUGAGCAUGAGUAAUCAGCCUGGCACUCCCAGGGAUGACGGUGAGAUGGGUGGAAACUUCCUAAACCCUUUCCAAAGUGAGAGUUACUCCCCUAGCAUGACAAUGAGUGUGUGAUCCGUUAACAAGUCUCGCCAUGAAGACCACAAUGAGUUGGCCCUCUUCAGAGAGCUACUACAGAAGAAAAUUAUUCGUCCCAGUGUACAGUUUAACAAAAGGAUCUCAGACACAAUCAGACCCACCAUUUUUUUUCUGCCAUCUCCCCCGUUUUGUCAAGAAAGUGGGUCCCAAACAUGAUUGAGGCAACUGUAAAAGAGUGGCAUAACAGAACUGCCCAAGAUGGAACUGCAAACAAUUUUCUGUGUAUGUACAUGUGUGGGUUAAUGUAUAUGUAUGUGUGUGGUAUAGAAAUACACACAUACAUAUAUAGACCCACAGGACAUUGUAAAAUAUUAUUACAUGACAUCUUAAGUAGAAAUGAGAAAUAGGGACUUUUAUUCCAUCUUUUUUUUUUCUGCGUUUACAUUUUAAUUAUUAAAAUUUGCCUUCCCUCUCCCCUCCUGAAGUGUUUUAUGUUGCAUAUAUCACUGCUUUAUAAGUUAUUUUUUAAGGUGAACUCAAAUGAUAAAUUCUUCUGAUUUUGUAAAUGUCUGCCAUUAUGGAUAGGAAUAAAAUCGCUUAUAAGAGCUUUCAUUAACUUGUGUUUGAUACCAGUUACCCUGUGAAUCACAAACUGUACUGUCUCAAGAAAUAGAAGAAAGCUCAUCUUAAUGUUUUGGAGAAAUUGAAUAAUUUCACCUAGUUUGGGGAUUUUUUUGAUACUUUGCCUUUAAAAAAAGAAGCACUGAAGGUUAUUUUUCUUCUUUAAUUGAAGCCUAAUAUCUGCAAUAUCUAUUUUAAAUGGAAGCCUGAAUUUGAUACAAGCUUCUCAGUUUAUAUAGAGUACUAUAAGGUUACUGUAAGUG